AGGAAGUAGAAAGGGCUUAAUCAUCAACAACCUAAGCCCUGCCGACUCCAGAGAUCUGUGACCUCAGCUAGCCGGACUCCAUUCUUUCUCCACUUACUUGAAUGGGUACAGUUGGGCCUGGGUAGGGUAGGGGUGGUGGAAGGGUUUGGGAAAGCCAAAGAUGCAUGUAGGGGCCUCCUUCCCUGCAAAGGAGUGGGGGUCAUUUUCUCCAUUAAGUCCCCACUCUUCCUACCCUGACCAUUUCCUGUCUAACUGGAAUGGGGGUGACUCAAGGGUUUUCCAUUUGUUCCCCCACACACCCCAUAACUGCCUGGAGGCACUUGACCCUGAGCACCCAGUGGAGGGGGCGGGAAGGGGAGCUCUCGGUCAGUCACCUUCUAGAUCAGCAGGGGGCGCCUGAGCAAGCAUGCUAGAGUGAGCUUUCCUGUUCCAGUUCUGCUCUGUCCCUAGGGAUGGAAGGCAGCCGGAGACGGAAGGGGGGUGGGGACAUGGCCUGGGGCGGUCCAGGUCCCAGGCUGUCCCGCCCUGGCUCUCGCCCUAUCGCCUGGGCCUCCUGCCAGUGGCAGGUUCAGCAGGUCCUAGGGGCGUGGUGGAGCCGUAGAGGUAGCCUUCUGCAGCCCCAGCAGAAUCAACCUGCAGUCAGAGAAGGAGCUGGAGAGGGAGCCGAGAGGAAGACUUUCCUGCUGGAGCCGGAGACCCUCCCAUCUCACCCUCUGAUGUCGGCCUCUGCCAUGACCUCCUUUCUCUACUAUGCCCUCCCUGCCUUGGGGGGCUAUACUUUGCUCUCCCUGUUCUUCCUUCGUCGACCUCAUCUACUCCAUGUUCCUCUGCAUCGUGCCUUCCGCUGCCAACUUGCUGCCCACAGAGGGGGUUCUGGAGAACGGCUUGAGAAUACCAUGGAAGCCCUUGAGAACUCUGUGGCCCAACGACCAGAUCUCUUUGAGCUGGACUGCCAUCUGACCCGGGAUGGCCAAGUUGUUGUCUCCCAUGAUAAGAAUCUCUUUCGGCAAUCUGGCCUGAACAAGGAUAUUCAGGAUAUAGACUUUCAGGACCUGCCUCUUUACAGGGAGGAGUUGGAAGUGUACUUCUCCCCAGGCAAAUUUGCACAUGGAUCAGAUCGAAAGAUGAUUAGUCUAGAAGAUGUUUUCCAGAGAUUCCCCAAAAUGCCUGUCUCUGUGGAAGUGAAAGUGGACAAUGAGAAACUCAUUAACGAGAUCGCCACCUUGGUCAAACACUUUGGCAGAAAUGAAAUCACCAUCUGGGCUUCUACAAAGAAUUCUAUCAUGAAGAAAUGCCGCAUAGCUAAUCCAGAAAUGCCAACUUCUUUCACUGUACUUCGAGUCGUUUGGUUGCUGUUGAUGUACUAUGUGGGACUGUUGCCCUUCUUUUCCAUCCGUGAGAAAUUCCUGCUGUGCUUCCUGCCCACCAUCAUCAACAGGACCUACUUCCCAUUUCGGUGGUCUGCUUUGAAUAGAUUGGCAGCAGCCUUAACUAAGAGGCUGAUCAUGAGGAAAAGUCUAAUCAGGCAUCUUGAAGAAAGAGGGAUACAAGUGGUAUUUUGGUGCCUUAAUGAAGAAUCCGAUUUUGAAGUAGCAUAUAGGCUGGGAGCCACAGGAGUCAUGACAGAUUACCCUACUGCCCUUCGGCAUUACCUGGACAAUCAUCCCCAGAAGCCUAAUCAGAGCAACUCGGACAGGUGACUCCGAAAGCUAAUUGGGUCAAGGAGCUCUACAAUUUUUUUUCUUUUUAAAUGUUUUAUUGAUUCUCCAGCUCUACCACAAUAGAAAUUUCCCCAGGAGUCAAGCAAGGAAAUUGAUUUGUUUCAACUGGUUGGCUGAAAAUAUAUGCUUUCUGUUUGUUUGUUUUAACAUUUCUCUGCUGAUAGGCAAGAAAUAUAUUUCAAAAUUGAGUUUUCUUAAAUGACAAGUGAACACGAACACAUGAAUCAGAACUUAAAUCUUUUAGUGUUGUUUUUCUUUAUUUUGUGAUCGUCUUGUAUAUUCAAUUGAUUUUGCGCAGCAUCGGAUCAUGCAAGUUUUUCAAGAUCUCCCUUAACGCUUUUUCACGAGCACAAUUACUCCUUCCCUGCUGCCUUUCAUCUUUAUUCCCCAAUAAAAGUUUUCUUACUGA